GGAGUUAUAGUGGGUGUGAGAUUUAAGUCAAAUGGGGAGUUGGAUGGGAAGACACUUUAAUCAAGGCAAAACGCCAGUGUAAAGUCCAUUCUAACAUUACCGUCAACUCUGAAGAAUUGCUUCGAUAAAGUCGCACAAUAAAUUGUAGUCGGCUUGGUGUAAGCUCCUCGCAGGCGUGGCAGGUACAGUAGCAACCACACUAGCGAUGAUGAGGAAGCAAGACGGACAAUCGUGACAGUAAACCAAUGGGAGUGUGCAAGUUGGGACGGAGUGACCAGGCUAACAAUCAGCAGCACACCGGUUCCAUUAUUUCAAUUGCAUCGAUUGAAUUGGAGUUGGAUAAUGAAGGCGGUACUGUAGGGUUUUCCACUGAACAAAGAUGAGGUAUCAGCUUGGCCUCUGAAUGGGCUUCCAAUCCUGCUUCUUGCAUCCCAAGAGAAAGCUACUCAGCUAGGCGGCAGCUGAUCUCUCUGUAUGCUGCAGCUGUCAUCUUCCAGAACUUUAAUAUAAACGGAAACCAAAAAAAAAAGCCUCAAGACUCGGUCGUAGGAGGGGGGUGCCUUGCACAAAUCAAUUUUUGGAGAGCUGAUCAUUGCUUAUUUUCAUCGAGCUGGCUAAACACAGCGGACCAUCUCUCAGUCCUCUGCCAGAGGAGAUGAGCAGUGAUGGCCCCAUUGAAGGGGUUUCCACCCCUUCUCUUUCUCCAUCCCCACACAAGGAGCGGUACUUUGAGCAAAUCAGCGAGGAUGACCCUGAAUACCUUCGCCUGCGCAACAUGGCCCCACACCUAAGACAGGACUUCAACAUGAUGGAACAGAAGAAACGAGUAUCAGUAAUUCUGCAGAGUCCAUCUUUCAGAGAAGAGCUGGAGAGCUUGAUUCAGGAGCAAAUGAAGAAAGGGAACAAUUCUUCCAAUUUACUGGCACUUCAACAGAUUGCAGACUUCAUGGCCUUGCAUGGUGCACCAGCCAGCCUACCUAUCUACUCUUCUAGUAUGACCAUGGUGACCCCCAUCAAUGAUCUACAUGGUUCUGAACCUGGGACCCUAGCAAAAGGAGAGAGACUAAUGCGUUGCAAGUUAACCAGUGUUUACCGACUGCUAGACCUACAUGGAUGGGUUCAGUUGACUUCUGCCUAUCUGACUCUACGAGUUAAUAAAGAACAAGACCACUUUUUGAUCAUUCCUCAAGGACUCUGUUACAGUGAGGUCACUGCUUCAAGCCUUGUUAAGGUCAAUAUUCUUGGUGAGUUGGUGGAGAAAGGCAGCACCACAUUCUCUGUGGAUACCAAUGGCUUUCACCUCCAUUCUGCCAUCUACUCAGCAAGGCCAGAUGUGCGCUGUGUUCUUCACCUACAAACACCUGCUACUGCAGCGGUAUCCUCUAUGAAGUGUGGAAUCCUACCCCUUUCGCAUGAAGCCUUGCUGAUUGGAGAUGUGGCCUAUUUUGACUACAAUGGCUCUAUGGAAGAUGAGAAUGACAGAGUGGAGCUCCAGAAGAGCUUAGGGCCCACAGCUAAGGUGCUGGUACUGAGGAACCAUGGGAUUUUAGCACUGGGCGAUACUGUGGAGGAAGCUUUCUACCGUGUAUAUCACAUCCAGUCCGCUUGUGAGAUCCAGGUCUCAAGUCUCUGCAGUGUAGGAAAAGUAGAGGAUCUUAUUCUUCUGGACAGGGAGAAACAUCGCCCUUAUCAGGCUGGCUCAGUGGGGUGGGCAGGAUCUACCUUUGGACCCAUGCAGAAGAGUCGUCUUGGUGAACAUGAGUUUGAGGCACUUAUGAGGAUGUUAGAUAAUUUGGGAUAUCGGACAGGAUAUGCCUACCGCCACCCUUUCAUGCAAGAGAGAACAAAGCCACGCAGUGAAGUGGAAAUUCCUGCUACAGUUACAGCAUUCACCUUUGAAGAUAUCCCAAUUCCCCGGUCAGCUCUGAAGCAGCAUGCACAUCGACAACAACAAGAGAAAACUCGCUGGCUAAAUACACCUAACACAUACAUGCGUGUGAGCCAGUCAGAAGGCAGCCCCAGCACUAAAACCACAUGGCUGAAAGCAGAAGAGGUUAAGAUGACUAGUGGAUCUGCCAUUAAGAUUGAAAACCCAAACCAGUUUGUACCCCUCUUCACAGAUCCUCGAGAGGUGUUGGAGACAAGAAACAAGAUCCGAGAACAGAAUCGUCAGGAUGUAAAGUCAGCAGGACCACAGUCACAGCUUCUGGCCAGUGUCAUUACAGAAAAGAGUCGGAGUCCGUCUGCAGACAGUGAAUUGGGAGAGUCUGGAGGAAAGAAGGAAGCUGUUGAGGAGCCAGACACAGUAACAACACCUGAACCAGAACCACCAAACCCUUUUAGCCAACUUACUGACCAGGAACUGGAGGAAUACAAGAAGGAAGUGCAAAGGAAACAACUUGGCAUAGAGGGAGAGGAGGAUCAGUCAAUGGAUGAAGGUGUUACCUCUCCUACAAAAAGUCCAUCAGCUGUGGUGUCUAAGAGCCCGAUUCCUUCACCAACAAAGUCAAAUGGAGACAAAGACUCCAAGAUGACAGAUGUUUCCACUAAACCAUUAAAAGAGCAACAGCCAGCAGUAUUUAAUGGAAAGGAAGAGGACCAGGCUGUAGAUGAAGAACUGUCCAAAGGCAUGAGGCAACUUUCAACACAAAGUGAAAAUGAAAAUGAACAGACCAAGAACAAAACUGAAUCCGUAACCAGUGGCCCACUAUCCCCCGAAGGCUCUCCAUCGAAGUCUCCGUCCAAGAAAAAGAAAAAGUUCAAAGCGCCAUCAUUCCUAAAGAAGAGCAAAAAAAAAAAGGAGACUGAGUCAUGAAUUGAACAGGGACCACUGGCGGAUUUCGUCCAUAUCUGGGGCCUAUACCUAAGAGCUGUUUACACUGUAGCUAUGGGCCCUUAAAGUUCCUAAAAAUCUGAAAGAAAUACAAGCAAUUGCAUAUUUGAGAUGAUUAGUUAGGCAGUACUUCACUUAUGAGCACCCUGAAACUGGUCAAACCUAACUUUUGGGGCGGGAGGGUUUAACAUGGAAACUUGCACACUUUGAACUUAAACCAGACUAGUGAUGUCAAGAGAAAAAACAAGCUGUUGGGUGUCAUGCCUGAACCCUUGGUUUCAUUUUAGCUAUCUAACCUGCUUAAAUGGCUUUGAAGAGCACUGCCAUAAACCUGUUAACAGCCACGGAGAGCACUGCACUUUUUAUAUCAAUGUGUGUUUAUAUAUAAAAUAUAAAGUGAAUAUAUAUAGACAUACUAGUACACAUACCAUCCCUUGGAAUUGUGAUUCCCAGUAGGGUGACUUCUGCGUGAAGUUUUUCUUUCCUCCCUAUGUCUUUGUGGUUUUCACAAAUGUUGUUGCUUUCCCCUUCAGCCCAAAUCCUUUUUAUUGGAUAGACUGGAGCCUCUAAACUGGCCUGAUGUGAGCGAAUUGGCUUUUGCUUGACUGGGGUUGACUCCCGUCUUGCGCCAUUUGCUGCUCAGAGCGUGACCUGGAAAAAAUGAGUGCAGAAAACUGAUUAGUGGAUGUAAAUACCCAGAAUCACUUGUUCAAAUAUGCAUUUAAUGCAGGAUAUCCAUACUUAACAGGGGGUUUGUGAAAUUGUAGGACCGCUAAGUAUAUACAAUAUACACACACUCUUGCAACUCCUUUUCUGUUUGUUAAAUUAUACACAAAAGCUAAUUUAUUUACAGAUUUGUCCUUACACAGUGUCUACAAUUUUGUCUCCUUCGCCUUUUCUUUCUUAUUUCUAAUCAUUAUAAGGACAACUUUUGCUUAUUCAUUUGAUCAGGGAAAAUAUUUCACAAAAAUCAUAGGAAAAAGCAAUUUUUUUGUAGUAAACUUUUUAAAUAAUGUUUUGAUAUAAUUGUUAUCUUAAUGCUUAUUCUUUUAUGUUAUACUAGGUAUGAAUUGCUGAAAUAAUUUCAUCAGCCUUUUUCUGUUUCACACAUAUUUUGGAAUAUAAAAUCCUUACACUUGCUCAUCCUUUUUGCAAUACAUGCCAGAUUCUUAGCGUUGGAUUGCUUUUAUUCUUUUCAUACAAUGGUUUGGAAACCACCUCCCUGUUAGAUUUGUAUACUGAAUAAUGGAAUAAUGUCCAAUAAGGCCCAUCACUUCCUGCUAGAAUACAAGAGAAGCAACAUUUCUUGUAGGUUCGUCAUCAGUUGAGAUAAGGUGUAGGCUGUUAAAAUCCCCAUAUCUGAAAAGCCCUGGGUAACAUUUACAGCUACUAAGAUGUCUAAUUUUCAUCAGUCAAGUACCUGUCUUCAUCUGCUGUGCACACAAAGGUUAUACUAACAAGGGAGUUCAGCAGUUGUCCAAUGUAGACAUUCUUGAUCCUGGAAAUUAUUGGAUUGAAAUGGAUCCUUCUGCUGGCCCUACAAAGGUGGAAGUGCUGGCCUUAAUUCCCAUUUGCUUUGCUAGAGUGGAUUGUGAUGCUGUAAAUGAUGUGUGUAAGUUGGAUUUUGAGGCAAGCUGAUGUGGUUAAAUAAGUAGUUUUUUUUUUUUUUUUUCUCAUCAUUUUCAAAGGAACAUUAACCCAUUAAACUGUAUAUCUCAAUGGCGUGUCUCUUCAGAAGAAGCAGACCUACUGCUCUUUUGCAUUUUAGUAGAUUCCACCAGUCAUGUGAAAAUUUGUGGAUAAGUGGGUAUGAAAGAUGGAUGGAUAUGAUGAUUUGUAUGGAAUUUGCAUUUUACCCUUUUGCUAUAAAUUGAUGCAGUUAUUACACAGCACUCCACCAUAUCUGCCGAUUGGAUCAUUUUAUAACACUGUAUAUAACUGCUGUCUUUACAUGGAGUUGGGCAGUGCACUGUCUAUCACGGUCUUCUAUGGUGUAUCAUAGAACCUGCUUGGAGGUCAUGUAAAAACAAUUUAACUGUAUGUAAUUUUUUUUUUCUUUCUGUAAUACUUUUUGUGGAGUGACAUUAUUGAAUUCUGUGUCUAAAUAAUAUACUCGCACAGAAUGUAAUAUAGUGCUGUAUAGGGAAAUGGGUGAAAAUUUGCUUGGGCUUUGUUAAAGUGCACUAUUAACAUUAGAAAUUAUUUAGCAAAAAAAUCACCCAAAGGUGCAGGGAUAUAAAGGCACUGUAUUAAGUUAUUCAAUUUGCUAUCUUAAAAGACACUUGACAUUGAAUAAAACAGACCAAAUUAAUAAUCAAAUGCUACUGUGAUAUCUAACAGAAGAAAAUACAAAACCCUGUGUUCCGGUCAGUCAUGGGAUCAGUCUGUAGUUAGCUCUACACCGCCAAGCCACACUGCCAGCUGUAAAUACAAGUAAGUUGAAAUAAAUAUGUAAUAGCUGUUAAGUAGAUAAUUAGAAAAACAAGUUGAUACUGUGGCAAAUAGAAGUGUUUUUGAAAUGAGAAUACGCCAGCAUGGUCACCCAAAUCUCAAUGCAUCUCUGGAGGUGACUAACACGCAUUCUUAAAACAUACACGGCUGCCGGAUUAUACACAGUUGUUCACAUGCACUUAAUUCUAGGUUGUACAUGAUUGAUCAUUUCUUGCUUUAAAUUCAUCUAAAUUCUUCUCAUACCAAUAAAUGCUAACUGAGAUGGCUCCACUUGUACAGCCUUAUCAUUCUGACCACCCUGUUUCCUCCUUUAACUAUAUAAUACAGUAACUCUCCACCCAGAACUUAACUUGUUGGCUUUGUCUAUUAAUCAAUAAAAAUAAUUUUUGUUAAAGCAAGCACUGACCUUAUUCAGCCUGUUUACACUUUUUCCAUCUUCUUGGCCUCAGCAAAGUGACUAACAUGAUGCUAUGUGCACCAGUGUGUGAUGAAGGCUGAGCAUUAAACUUAUUUUUGUCUGUAAUGAGAACUAUAGUAUAAUAAUAAACUGGAGGUUUAUUUCAA